AAAGCCAAUCAUAGCCGCUAUAUCGGAGAAACUGUGGAGUACAUCUGCUCCGUGCUCGGGUUCUCCAUCCACUUCUUUCUCACCCUCUCCAGUCUCUAAUUCUCAACAGCCAAGGAGGCCACGACCCAAAACUCAAUCGUUGUGAUAUCUGUAAAGCGCUGGUUCUUGGCUUGUCAAUGUCGACAUGGGAUCCAGAAGUCCAGAGUAUGACGGUCGCAGGAACUUUCAUGGCGACUCAUUUGAAUGGCAUGAAUCGGAGCUUGUGGGGGGCGGAGAGCCGCGAGGCUCACACAUGGGCCGCGACGGAGAUGGUCGCUUCGGAGAUAAUGGGGCCGGCGAAGACGAUGAGAGCGACAGCGACGGCGAGGGUGAACAUGAGGGCCAGGGCGGUGAAGUAAGGCUGGCAUCAGCAGCGGCUUCGCUCUCUACCGAAGCUGCAGCCACGCAAAAGAAACGUAAGCGGCCCAACAGGAAGCGGCCCAAGAAGAAGAACAAGGGAGGUCUCAAGCAGUCGUCGCCGCCGAGAGUCCCGCUGAGCCAGCUGUUUCCAUCCGGCGAAUACCCCGUGGGUGAAGUUCAAAGCUACCGCGAUCAGCCUGCAGAUUUGGCUGUGGAAGACCAUUGCACCGUGCGGACAACGUCUGCCGAGUUGCGCUACAACAGCCGGCAACGUCACUGGGAGGAUGAAACGUUCGUCCAGAACUACCGCAAAGCGGCUGAGGUGCACCGCCAGACUCGCCGUUGGGUGCAAGAGACAGCCAAGCCAGGCCAGACUCUCCAGGACAUUGCGGUAGGGAUCGAGGACAGUGUCCGGGCCCUGCUGGAUAAUGCCGGCUUGGGCCCCGGAGACGGUCUCAAGUCCGGCAUGGGCUUCCCCACCGGUCUCUGCCUCAAUCAUCAGGUCGCGCACUAUACGCCCAACCCCGGCCAGAAGCCGGUCGUGCUGCAGCAGCAAGAUGUCCUGACGGUUGACUUUGGCGUACAUAUCAACGGCUGGAUCGUCGAUAGCGCCUUCACCAUGGCGUUUGACCCGACGUAUGACAACCUGUUGGCCGCGGUCAAGGAUGCCACCAACACUGGUGUCAAGACUGCCGGCGUCGACGUGCGCAUCAGCGACGUCAGCGCGGCCAUCCAAGAGGCAAUGGAAAGCUACGAGGUCGAGAUCCGCGGCAAGACCUAUCCCGUCAAGCCCAUCCGGAACCUCUCUGGCCACAACAUAGCGCAGUACCAUAUCCACGGCGGCAAGUCCAUCCCGUUUGUGAAGAACAGGGACCAAACCAAGAUGGAAGAGGGAGAGGUGUUCGCCAUCGAGACGUUUGGCUCCACAGGCCGCGGCUACAUUGUUGACGAUGUGGGCGUCUACGGGUAUGGCCUCAACAACGAUGCCCCGCUGAACGUGCCGGUCUCGCUCUCCUCUGCCAAGCGACUGCACAAGACCAUCAGGGAGAAUUUCGGCACCAUUGUCUUCUGCCGGCGCUAUCUCGAGCGUCUCGGCGUGGAGAAGUAUCUGGCCGGGAUGAACUGCCUCGUCGCGAAUGGCAUUGUUGAGGAAUACCAACCUCUGAUGGACAUUAAAGGGUCGUACUCGGCCCAAUUCGAGCAUACCUUCCUCCUUCGUGAGACUCACAAGGAGGUCUUCAGUCGUGGAGACGACUAUUAAAUUGGUAUAGCUCAGUUACGGAAUGGCGUUGCGGGUUUGCAGGUUCUGCAGUUUUUGUGUCUCGUGCUUGUCCCUUGGUGUUGGUUUUUUCCCCCUACAGGGGUUGUUUCCCAGCACUGUUACGCGAAUGCGGAGGGGCCUCACAUAGCAUGACUGAAAUUGAUCUCGGUGUGAAAUACAUUUGGCG